CACCUUAAAAUCAUCUCUUCACUCUUUCACUGUCUCCAGUAUAUAAGUAGCCUCUAUAUUGAUAAAGCCUAUUGUGCAGCAAAAUGUUUUGGAAAUAAAGAUAACCAAGUGUUAUAGGUGCCUUAUUCAUCAACGUGUCUGUAUCAUAUACCAUUAAUGUACAAUAAUAAAGAGCAAAUCAAUGUAAACCACUAAUAGAAGCUCAGAGUGGAGACAUAAAUGAGAAUAAAAAGUUGAUGAUUUGCAUAUACAUAGUAAAUGAAAGACCACUGUAAGUAACAUAAAGACAAUUGCAAGCAGUUAUACACUGUGGCGUUAAAGGAAUUUCUCGACAGACAAAGUCGGCAUUAUUUUCGUAUGUGCUAAAAAUGAAACUGUCUGUAAUAUAUACAAUAUUUUGUUGAAAAAAACUAAUUUAUUUUCAAUUUGGUAAGUUUAUAAUGAGGACUGAUUUUGUAAAUUUUGAAGAAUACAUUUGUUGCUCAGAAAAUUUAUUGAUUUAGUGUAUGUGUGGUGGGUUCAUAUUUUUUUAAAUUGCUCAAGAAAUAUGAUUUUUUUUCUUUUUGAGGUAAUGAGAGCCUCUGCAAUAGGUUGGCUACUAAGCACACUUGUUCCUUUGUGUUUCCUUACUUAUUGUAAGGAAACAUUUAUCUACCACUGGACUGAUGAAAGAAUGACUACUCACAGAGGGUUCAGUACAGUGAAUUUGGUAGAAGAUUCAUCAUCACAUAAGCUGUAUGCUCUUAAGCACAUUACAUGCCAUGCACAGAGUGAUCAAAAGGUGGCCUUGGCAGAAGUGGAGUAUCACAAAGCCCUGUCUCAUCCCAACAUUGUGGAAUGCAUAGACUCAGACCUUGUGGGUAUGCCAGAUUUAAUGGGAAAUCGCACAUCACAAGUUCUUAUUGUUCUUCCUUACUGCCAGCGGGGAACCCUGCAUGAUGAACUGAUGCGAAGGCAACGAGCGGGUUCCCACUUGGAUGAGGUUGUUGUAUUAUCUAUGUUCCGGCAAAUAUGUGAGGCUGUUCUUUGUAUGCACUCUGCCAAGCCUCACCCCCUAGCUCAUCGAGAUAUAAAAACGUCCAAUAUUCUCUUGAAGGAUGACCUCACACCACUGCUAAUGGAUUUAGGAUCUGUGGCCAAAGCUAGACUGGAAAUCAGUAGCAGCUCAGAAGCACGAAAGCUGCAAGAUGAAGCUGCUGAGAGAAGCUCCAUGCCCUACAGACCUCCAGAGUUAUUUAACGUCGAGUCACAUUGUCAUAUAGAUGAACGUACUGAUGUUUGGUCACUAGGGUGCUUGCUGUAUGCAUUAUGCUUCUUCAAGUCUCCAUUUGAUGCAGUGUACGAGAGAGGAGACAGUGUAGCCUUAGCAGUGGUUAGUGGGUCCUUCAAAUUCCCUGAACCUCAUCCCUUUUCACAGGAUCUUCAGGAGCUGAUUGAGAGCAUUCUCAAAGUGAAUCCAGACGAACGUCCGUACGUGGACUGGAUAAUAAACAAAGUAGACCAACUCAUCAACAAGUCUUCAGGAGCUGUCUAAUGAAUAAUUUAUGAAGGGAUAUUUGUCUGAAAGACAUAGCUUAUUUAUUUUUGUACUUUAGAGUGUUGUCCAAGGCAGUGAAAUCUCUUUGUACUUGAGCACAAUCAUUUUUUUUGUAAUACUGUAUGUCUUUAUUUUUUAAAAUUACAUAUAUUUAAGUGCUUUAAAGAAAUAGAAGGCCAUAGAAAAACAUUCUUCACAUGGUUAAAACCUGUAUUCACUCAACAGUGUACACAACACAAUGUUUAGCAUUUGUAUGAACCAAAUAGUAAUAUACCAGUACAUAGUUUAUGAACAAAUUAAAAGUAGUUUUACCCCUAGCAUUUACAAGGGUUGAAUCAUAUAUUCCUGUUGAGGCAAAGGUAAUCUGAAUAAAGGUGAACAAUUUUAAGAAUUAAUAGUUAGUCUUUAAAUCAAAUUAGCUAAAAAUUGAGAAAGAAUAUGGAAAGAUAGCUCUACAGUUAAACAUUGCACUAUAUAAUAUUAUAGACUUGCUGAUUUAGGGGCUAGCAACCCCUUCUCCUGUAUAAAUUACUAAAUUUAAAAAGAAAAACUGGUGUUUUUCUUUUUAGGUCACCCUGGCUCGGUGGGAUACAGCCGGUUUGUUGAAAAAAAAAAACUUGUUGAUUUCAAAAUAUUCAUAAAACAAUUUCAGUAAAUGCUUUCAUUCAUUUAAUCAACAGCCAAACCUGCUUGCAGACUUUUUCACUGAGCAUUUUAACUAAGGUUAAUGGUUGUUAGUUUAUGGAGUUGUUCAGAUCAGUAAAUAGAACUAAAAAUUUUUUUGAAGGUACUGUACAUGCAAAUUAUAUAACAAGAAAAUAAAUUGGUAGGAUUUCUUUGUUUCUUUUCAAAGUAUAAAAUUAAAUCUUGAAUUUGCUUUAAUUGGUGUUUAGAACAAUAUUAAUAGGGCAGUGUUAUCUAUUGAAUGACCUUCGUCAUUUCUUUCAGAUUGGAAGACUUUCCUGUUAGAUGAUAUAACUUUAUUUAAUACCUUUUGAGGGUCCAAGCUGUAGAUCAAGACCUUGUCCACAGGGUCCAAGCCAUAGAUCUACACCAUGAGCUCAGCUCAUACAGAUAAGCUGUGAUUGGGGAAUUUGAGCCUAGAUAUGAGAGAAUGUAUCUAUGUGGUAAGUGUGCACCAUAUAAAGCAAAUCCUGAAGCACGCAGUGCAUAAUGAGAAAAAAAAAUGCGACCAUGUUUUUGGAUUAAAACGGUGACUUUGUGGUGUAUUUUCAUAUGGUUUUUACAGUUAUAAUAGCAAUUUCUUGGUCUCAUUUGAUAGAAUGGAAGAUAUCUUACAGAAAUAGAGAUGAUUUUGAUUGGUUUUAGUACUGAAAAUAGUUUGUAAUUGAGCUCAAAAUAGCAGAAAUGUUUGAUUUUUGCAGAUUUUCAAGAGCAAACAAAUCACAUCACACAUCCAAUACACGUCAACUGGUGGGUCUAAUAUACAUUUACAAAUGCACUGAUAUUGUUUAUACAAUUAUUACAAUAUUGCAUAAGAGUAAUUCAUCUAUUUUUGGUGUAAAUAAAAAUUCUUUAAAAAAUAAAAAUGGAAUUCAUCUGUAAAACCUGGAAAUGUAGCUAAUAAACAGAGGAAAUGUUAUUUUAGUGCCAGGAAUGCCUGCGUUCUUUAUUCUGAACCCUGUUUUGAAAUUGGAAUAUUUUGAAGCCUGUGUGAAAUUGGCCAAAUUACCAAUUUCUGUUCACUUUAUUGGGUAGUUGAAAUACAUGUAGUUGAUUGGGCAGUUUCUUGUACUCAAUAAAAUAGAAGUAAUACUAAGAAACGCCUAAGAAUUUGGUCGACUGUAAUAAUGUAAUUGGCCUGAAAUAGGAGUCAAAGUGGGCAAAAUCACCAAUGCUUAAAUAUCACUGACACAGUAAAAUUUGUGAUAUUGUAAUUUUGUCAGUUUUCCACCAAAUUUCUACUUUGUUUUAUUACCUGCAGAAAAAGAUUCUCUACCAUUUCAUAAGAUUUUUUUUUUUUAAUUAUGGGACCCUGUGGACAAUGCGUAGAUCUACGGCUUGGACCCUCAAACGGUUAUUAAUAUUCUUUAGGUACAUUUCUGAUCAGCUCUGUAGCCACAUUUACGUAUAAAAGUACUAAUGAAGAUCUCAGGUUUACUAAUCUCAUUUGUACAGCACUCUUGAAAGGUAGAAUGUUUCAAAAAGACAAGAUGGUAGAGUAUUUACUGGUAGGUGCCUAAAGAACAUUUUUGUAAUCUUAUAUUGUAUAUACUGCAUUUUAUUAGAUACAAAAAUAUAUAUAUUUACGUACUUAAGAUAGAUUUUCACGUUCGACCUUACACUUCUUGUAAACCCAAUAUGCUCUUGUUCUCAUAAAAAUUGUCUUAGGAAAAAGCAUACUUAGUACUCCUGCAUAUCAUAUAAAGAUAACUGUACUUAAUUUGGUAGUGUAUGUAAAAGAAGAAAAUUAAAAGUGAAUACAGGAAAGAGUAAGGUUAUGAGGAUAACAAAAAGAUUAGGUGAUGAAAGAUUGAAUAUCAGAUUGGAGGGAGAGAGUAUGGAGGAGGUGAAUGUAUUCAGAUAUUUGGGAGUGGACGUGUCAGCGGAUGGGUCUAUGUAAGAUGAGGUGAAUCAUAGAAUUGAUGAGGGGAAAAGGGUGAGCGGUGCACUUAGGAGUCUGUGGAGACAAAGAACUUUGUCCUUGGAGGCAAAGAGGGGAAUGUAUGAGAGUAUAGUUUUACCAACGCUCUUAUAUGGGUGUGAAGCAUGGGUGAUGAAUGUUGCAGCGAGGAGAAGGCUGGAGGCAGUGGAGAUGUCAUGUCUGAGGCCAAUGUGUGGUGUGAAUAUAAUGCAGAGAAUUCGUAGUUUGGAAGUUAGGAGGAGGUGCGGGAUUACCAAAACUGUUGUCCAGAGGGCUGAGGAAGGGUUGUUGAGGUGGUUCGGACAUGCAGAGAGAAUGGAGCGAAACAGAAUGACUUCAAGAGUGUAUCAGUCUGUAGUGGAAGGAAGGCGGGGUAGGGGUCGGCCUAGGAAAGGUUGGAGGGAGGGGGUAAAGGAGGUUGUGUGUGCGAGGGGCUUGGACUUCCAGCGGGCAUGCGUGAGCGUGUUUGAUAGAAGUGAAUGGAGACAAAUGGAUUUUAAUACUUGACGUGCUGUUGGAGUGUGAGCAAAGUAACAUUUAUGAAGGGAUUCAGGGAAACCGGCAGGCCGGACUUGAGUCCUGGAGAUGGGAAGUACAGUGCCUGCACUCUGAAGGAGGGGUGUUAAUGUUGCAGUUUAACUGUAGUGUAAAGCACCCUUCUGGCAAGACAGUGAUGGAGUGAAUGAUGGUGAAAGUUUUUCUUUUUCGGGCCACCCUGCCUUGGUGGGAAUCAGCCAGUGUGUUAAUAAAAUAAUUAUGCACAGAGGGUGCACUGUGAAGGAUUGGUGGAGAUGGUGUGUUUUGGAGGGUAAUUUGAGUUGAUAUUCUGCACUUUAAAAUUAAAAAUAAAAUUUUUACAUUUAUUUCAAAUGAGCUAUACAAAGAAGUACAGUUGGUAUAAAUAAUUAAUCUAGGUAGUAGGUUGAUAGACAGCAACCACCGAGGGAGGUACUACUGUCCUGCCAGGUGAGUGCAAAGUGAAAGCCUGUAAUUGUUUUACAUGAUGGUAGGAUUGCUGGUGUCUUUUAUCUGUCCCAUAAACAUGCACGAUUUCAGGUACAUCUUGCUACUUCUACUUACGCUUAGGUCAUACUACACAUGUAUAUACAAGCAUACGUGUGCACCUACCAUCUGACUUACGACCGAGUUCGGUUCCGAGAAACCGGUCGUAAGUCGAACUUUAGUACUGAAUAUCAACAAAACAUUUUUGUAAUGACUUUAUUUUAUUGUUUUAUUUUGGUAUUUCAUGUUUUACUUUACUUUUUAUAUUGUUAGUACUGUGUUUUAUAUUGUAAGGUUUAGGAUAAACACUGUGUACAACACAAAUAGUUGUUCAUUUCCCAGAAAUUUGGCAUAAAAAACACGGUCUUAAGUUGAGUGGUCGUAAAUCGAGCAGGUCGUAAGUCGGAUGGUAGGUGUAUAUACACACCCCUUUGGGUUUUCUUCUAUUUUCUUACUAGUUGUUGUUCUUGUUUAUUUCCUCUUAUCUCCACAGGAAAGUGGAAUAGAAUUCUUCCUCUGUAAGCCAUACGUGUCGUAAGAGGUGACCAAAAUGCUGGGAGCAAGGCCACCCUGCCUUGAUGGGAUAUGGCCAGUUUGUUGAAAAAAGAAGAUACAUAAUUUAAUACAAAAGUAGGAACAAAGAAAAGCCAUCAAUUAGGCAAUGCAUUUUGGACAAAGUACAUACAUAAGCUUACAUAUUAUGUAACACAUAUUAUGUACGACAGCUUGUGCAGGUCACUACAAUCACAAGUACAAUGAGAUAGGUUACUAAUGAAAAAUGGCCAAUUACAGAAGAAUUACAUAGUAUUUACAUUGGUUCAAUUAUGCAGAGUGAUUAAGUAGAGGUGGUGGAAUCAAAGCAUGAUAAUUUACAGUUAAUUGAUAUUACUUUUUUGUGAAAUUUAAUAGGUGCCUUUUAACAAGAUGUUGGUGUGAAUUGGGGAACUUUAAGCAUUUUCAGAUAGUAGAAUUUUUUGAUCAGGUUGAGACAUGUUGCAUCUCUGCAGGUAGAAUUUGAGUUCUGGGUUAAUCUUUGAGUUGAGAGUCCUGUAGACAUAUUGUGUACAAUAGAAAGUGAAUAUUUUAUAUUUUAAGCAAAUAUAAACUUAUGAAUAAAGGGACUGUGUGUUGCCUGGAGCCUGAGUGAUUAUUCUAAGAGCUGGUUUUUGCUGAGUAACAACUGGUUUAAGAUAAUUAACUGUUGCUGAUCCCCAUGUGCAGAUACCAUAGGUGAGGUAUGGAUAGAUUAGAGAGUAGUACAAAGUGAGUAGGGAUGUUUGGGGGAUAUAACAGUGUAUUUUUGAGAGAAUGCCUUCCAGUUUGGAAUUUCCUUGAGAAAUGUUCUGGAUAUGUGUUGAAUUUUUGUUUGCUGUCCAGGUGUAUUUCUAAGAAUUUACCCUCGGUCUGCCUGUUGUUUGUUCAAAUGAAUUAUGAUCAUCUCAUCCACUGUAUAUAAAAAAUUUCAAUUUCAUAAAUAUUUCAGCAUUUUGCAGAUCCUCUAGACUAUUUUUUGUUGGAUUAUGGGUAUGCUUGGAUUUGGUAGAAAGAUCACUUUUCCCACUGGUCCAUUGUUUAGAUGAACCUUCCUCCAAAAAUUUUGAAAGUACAUUUUUAGGAAGAUUUAAAAAAUUUGAAAUUAUUUUAACAAAUAAUUUUUUUAUAAAUUUCAGCAAUUAUCUUUUAAUAAUUAAGAAUGCUUUCAAAAUGCAGAUUUCAGAAUGCUUUCUGAAAUUAGAAUUUCUCAAAUAUGAGUGAUAAAUUUUGUAUCAUCAACCCAUGAAAAUUUUUUUCCUAAUUCAGACUUCACAAUACUGUGCAUAGUAUUGAGUGAUACACUGUUUUCAUUAAGGGAAAUUGUCUUCUCCAGAACACUUGCCAUGCGAACAAGAGUCUGCUAGAUUCACUACAAGUGCAAAAUUGGCAUUUUACUUAUGCUGCUUAGAUUAAAUAUUGUAGAGGUAUAUUUCACAAAUGUGAUAACAUUUCAUUAAUCAUUUACUAGAGUGAGAGCUAUUUCUGUUAUCAGUUGUUUUUCUCCUGAAUGUUACAUAAGAAAAGAGAGUGUAUUCUAAUUAAAAGUACAUGUAAUUCUGAUUGUGUAAAAUGAUAAGAUGUGCAUUGUUCUUUCAACACGUUGCAAUUAAUCACUAAUGUUUUGAACCUAUGAAUGACUCACUGAUUUGAUAGGUAUCCAUACUGAAGAUCCAAAAUUUCUGUGAUGUACAUAUUGUAAUCUAAUCUCAGUAACUUUUGUCUUUAAUUUACAAUUAGAUAAGAAUGAACAACAGCUAAACCAGCCCUUGCUAUAUUAUCUAAAUUAAAAAUUAUUAUAUAUUUUAA